CGCAUCGCAAUCGCAUCGCAACAAGCAACAGCCACCUCAUCUUUUCCCUCUACACUUUCUUGGUCCUCCUUUCUCUUUCCUUUUCGAUUACCAGCCAUGGCGUUUCCAGGAGGCCCGGGCGCGAUGCCGGCAUCCAUGAACCCAACCGCUGGCAUGUCAGAGCAGGAACAGCAAAUGGUGAAAGCGAUGCAAAUGGGCAUGGAGUCUUGCCUAGGCAAGACGGUGAUGGCUGGUGUCAUGGGAGGAGGCCUGGGUGCCAUGUUUGGACUGUUCAUGUCGUCGAUGCGAUAUGAUACACCCAUGUCACAACCACUUCCCAUGAACACACCAACUACCCCAGCACCUAGCACUUCAACUGCAGCAGGUGUAAAACCCUCGACAGUCGCUUCAAGUGCAUCCUCUUCCUCCGCCGCUGCCGCCCUGCCCAACCUCACUGCAGCAGGGACCGUCCCAAUCACCGACCUCCCUCUAAAGCAGCAACUCCGCGCCGGUCUACGCGACAUGUACCGCUCUUCCAUUUCUUCUGGUAAGAACUUCGCCAAGGUCGGCGCCAUAUUUUCGGGUACCGAGUGCGCAAUUGAGGGUCUCCGUGCGAAGAACGAUCUAUACAACGGUGUUGCAGGAGGAUGUAUAACAGGAGGCAUUCUGGCAAGAAACGCUGGGCCGCAGGCUGUGGCUGUGGGAUGUGCAGGCUUUGCUGUCUUCUCGGCCGCGAUUGAUGCCUACAUGCGUAUGCCAGAGGACGAGAAGAGUAAGCCUAUCGCAUAAGAAAAAUAGGCGAUGUUCAUGUGGAAAAAGAAUUUGAACGAGGUGACAAAGAUACGGGGGGUUUGAGGGCCACGAUGUACGAUUACUGUAUACCACUGUCGGUUAGAAUUGGGGCAUGACUCGCAGCUUUAGCAUUGGGCGGCGUUUAGCGAUAUCGCGGAUUCAUCUCAGGAAAAAUAUAGACUCAGCUGUGUUGUGUUGUAUUCUGGUAGUAGAUGGCAUAAUGCGACGGUGUAGUUGAAUGUCUGGAAUGGUACAUCUAUCCAUCCACCAUGUUGAUAAUCAAAACGCAACUAAAAAAUAACCAUCGUACUGACUUUUGGUU